CCCGCCGCCGCGCCGCGCCCCGGCCGGGCGUGGAUGGAGGGCGCCGCGCGCCCUGCCCGCUGCUCGGCGUGACGCGGGCCCGCUGCCCCGCGCCCACCAUGUCCUACCCGCAGGGCUACCUGUACCAGGCGCCCGGCUCGCUGGCGCUCUACUCGUGCCCGGCGUACGGCGCGUCGGCGCUGGCGGCGCCGCGCAGCGAGGAGCUGGCUCGCUCGGCGUCGGGCUCGGCGUUCAGCCCGUACCCGGGCUCCGCGGCCUUCACGGCGCAGGCGGCCACCGGCUUCGGCAGCCCGCUGCAGUACUCGGCCGACGCCGCCGCCGCCGCCGCCGGCUUCCCGUCCUACAUGGGCACACCGUACGACGCCCACACCACCGGGAUGACCGGCGCCAUCAGCUACCACCCCUACGGCAGCGCGGCCUACCCUUACCAGCUCAACGACCCAGCCUACCGCAAGAACGCCACGCGGGACGCCACGGCCACGCUCAAGGCCUGGCUCAACGAGCACCGCAAGAACCCCUACCCCACCAAGGGCGAGAAGAUCAUGCUGGCCAUCAUCACCAAGAUGACCCUCACGCAGGUGUCCACCUGGUUCGCCAACGCGCGCCGCCGCCUCAAGAAGGAGAACAAGAUGACGUGGGCCCCGAGAAACAAAAGCGAGGACGAAGAGGAGGACGACGGUGACGCUGCGAGGAGCAAGGGGGAGAGUCCAGACAAGGCGCAGGACGGCACGGAGACCUCGGCAGAGGACGAAGGGAUCAGCCUGCACGUCGACUCGCUCACGGAUCACUCGUGCUCAGCCGAGUCGGAUGGGGAGAAGCUGCCUUGUCGGGCCGGGGACCCCCUGUGCGAGUCGGGCUCCGAGUGCAAGGAGAAGUAUGACGACCUGGACGACGACGACGACGACGACGACGAGGGCGAGCGGGACCUGGCGCCGCCCAAGCCCGUGACCUCUUCGCCGCUCACCGGCGUGGAGGCGCCGCUGCUGAGCCCCCCGCCCGAGGCCGCGCCCCGCGGUGGCGGCGGAGGCAAGAUGGCCCUGGGCAGCCGGACGUCGCCGGGCGCGCCGCAGCCCGCCAGCAAGCCCAAGCUGUGGUCUCUGGCCGAGAUCGCCACGUCGGACCUCAAGCAGCCAAGCCUGGGCCCGGGCUGCGCGCCGCCGGGGCUGCCCGCGGCCGCCGCGCCCAACUCCUCCGGGGCGCCGCCGGGCGGCUCGCCCUACCCCGCCUCGCCGCUGCUCGGCCGCCACCUCUACUACACGUCGCCCUUCUACGGCAACUACACCAACUACGGGAACUUGAACGCCGCGCUGCAGGGCCAGGGCCUCCUGCGGUACAACUCGGCGGCCGCGGCCCCGGGAGAGGCGCUGCACUCCGCGCCCAAGGCGGCCAGCGACGCGGGCAAGGCGGGCGCGCACCCGCUGGAGCCCCACUACCGGCCCCCGGGCGGCGGCUACGAGCCCAAGAAAGAUGCCAGUGAGGGCUGCACGGUGGUUGGUGGGGGCGUCCAGCCCUACCUAUAGAAGGCCCCUGGGCAGCAUGCAAGCAGGUGUCACAAUUGCUUUGGAAAAAAAAAAAAGUCAGCAGGCCAUUCUCUCUCCCCACGUUCAUAAAUAUACAGACAUAAAAACACAUCUCUGAGCCCGGACCGCAUCUCGUGCCGCAUCUCGUCAAGGAGAAGGACCCACAGACUCGAACGGAACAGACUCUUGUUGGACAUGACCGUGAAUUUGUUGGCGUAGCAUAGCUUCCCCAAUGUACGUGUGACUUUUGAAAACAAUCUUUUUUCUCAGGAUAUCUUGAAUUGAUCACUUCAUUGCCACGGUAUAUAUUCUAUAGGUGUGAUAGGAUUUACUGUAAAAUUUAUUUGUAAAAGAUGUACACAGUAGAAAUAAAAUGUGAUUGAAGAACUUGAGUACUUAAGAAGUGAAAACAAAUUUGAUAUUUAUUUUUAUAAGGAUAUAAAGCUUCUAGUAAUUUAUGCAAGUUGUAUUGCAAUGGAAUCUAAACUUUUUGUAAAUAAAUUCUGCCUGGUUUUUAUUUGAACAUUGCUGGUUAUACAAUCUUUGUUGGUUGUUUAACAAGAAUUCUUUACUAAUUUAUAUCUUAAAUUGUAAAUAAAAACAGACUAGUCUACGACAA